ACCACAAAACGAGAUUUGAGAUGCCAAAAGUGCACUUCCGGAAUUUCGGGACUGGAGCCAAAGAAUGGGAUUUUUGAUAAAUUUUGGGCUAAGUUGUUUAUGUAGGAAGUGAUGUGAGCGUCCAGGGUUAAAACAGAGACUUAAGCAGACAACACAAUGUCGAACAAAAGCACUUUAACCAAGCUGAGUGAUGAGAGUCUGGCCAGGCAGCCAGAUGAAGUGUUUGAUAUUAUAUGUAAAAUUGGACGAGGCUCCUAUGGCAGUGUGUACAAAGCUCUUCACAAAGAAUCGGGUCAAGUUCUGGCCAUCAAGCAGGUGCCCGUGGACACUGACCUCCAGGAGAUUAUCAAGGAGAUCUCUAUUAUGCAGCAGUGCGACAGCAGAUACAUUGUCAAGUAUUAUGGAAGUUACUUCAAAAAUACAGAUUUAUGGAUUGUUAUGGAGUAUUGUGGUGCUGGCUCAGUUUCAGACAUAAUGCGACUCAGGAACAAAACAUUAACAGAAGACGAGAUAAGUUUUAUAUUGUGCCAUGCCUUGAAAGGCUUAGAAUACCUCCACCAGCGGCGGAAAAUCCACAGAGAUAUCAAAGCGGGGAAUAUAUUACUGAAUACAGAAGGGCACGCUAAGCUGGCUGAUUUUGGUGUGGCAGGACAGUUAACAGACACAAUGGCAAAGCGCAAUACAGUAAUUGGGACUCCAUACUGGAUGGCCCCAGAAGUGAUACAGGAAAUAGGCUACGAUUGUGUGGCUGAUAUUUGGAGUUUAGGGAUCACUGCUUUAGAAAUGGCAGAAGGGAAACCCCCAUAUGGUGAUAUUCAUCCAAUGAGAGCCAUAUUUAUGAUCCCUACAAAGCCCCCGCCGUCCUUUAGGAACCCAGACAAAUGGUCGCAAGAGUUCAUUGACUUUGUGUCCCAGUGCUUGGUGAAAAGCCCUGAGGAGAGGGCCACCGCAGUGCAAUUACUACAGCAUGAGUUCAUAACCAGAACCAAAGGGUCUUCCAUUCUGAUGAAGAUGAUUCAGGAGGCUAAGGAGAUCCAGGAAGCCAAGGCAAUGAUGAAUGAAAAUGAUAUUGAUAAUGACUCAGAUGAAGAAGAGGAAGAGGGAAGUGGAACCAUGGUACAGAGAGACAGCCCCUCUGGUACCCUGAUUGCUAAAGAUUCAGAUACAGGACAUGACACAGACCCCAACAUGAAGGCAAAGUACCGUCCAGCCUUUCUUGACCACUUUGAGAAAAAAGAAGCGGAGUCCAAAGUGACCAGUAAUGGCACUCCGCAGAACGUGACCCCUCCCAUGCCAGGAGGGUCGUUUCAGAGGUCAUUUGUGGACGGCGACUUUGAGUUUCUAUCAAACCUCACAUUUGAUGAACUACAGAAGCGCUGGGAAACGCUAGACCCAGAGAUGGAGCGUGAGAUUGAAGAGCUUCGGAAACGCUAUCAGGCAAAGAGACAGCCCAUUUUAGAUGCAAUAGAUGCCAAAAAGAGAAGGCAAAGGGACUUUUGAUAUCUUUUUUUAAAUAUAUUUAUAUAUAUACACAUGUUCCGGAUAACUGUAACUCACCUUGAGUUUGGUUAUCAUUGUAUUAUAGCUGCAAUAGAAGGGAAAGAGACACACCAGUUUGACUUGUGACACAAUUUGAAAUUUCACCGUCUUCGCUGGAGGCUUGGUUUUGUGACAGAUUGUUGCCCAUUGAUAGUUUGAUUUGGCACAGUUUAUAAUUCACUUGACAGAAAAAAACAACACAGCAAUUGACUUUUGGUAUAAUUUUUACUGUUAGGAAGGUCAUAACCUUGACCUUAAAGGUCAUGACCUUGACCAGAGGAGUCAUGACCUUGACCUGAAGCUUGACCUUCAGUGUUAUUCGGCUGCCAAGUGACAUAUAUUUCAGCAGAAAUUAUUGAGGAUGCUGUGGAUAACACAGUUAAACUGAAGGAACAUUUUUGAUGUGAUUUUAUAAAUUAAAAAGUAUGAUGCCUCUGGUCAAAGCUGGGCCACAGUGAUGCACAAUUAUGGAUUCAUUUAUUUACUAUUUUGGAUACCAUAGCCAUCAUAAAGAUAAAUUGAAGAGGAUAUGACCUUUACAGGAAGGUCAUGACCUUGAGGAUAUGACCUUGAAAGGUUAUGACCCUUACCAGGGGUUUACUCAUCUACAGAUAAAACUGAAUGGAAACAAAGAAGGCACAACAACUCUUAGCUUGCUUUUAUACAUUUGAGUGAUCUGUGAGGAUUGAUCUCUGAUUUUAUAUGUCUGUAGCAAUCAACAAGUGAUUACAUUUACCCAUGUUUUAUUUGUCACAAUAACAUCGAUGAUAUACUUGACUAGAUCUAUUAGUUGUAGAGAUUUAAGUUUUCUGGGUCUGGAAAUAUGGAUAAAUUGGGUGUUGUAAAUAUGCACCCCAGACCCGCCACCUGUCAACUUUUUGGUUCCACUUUCAUCUGUUUUGUUAUUGGCUACAAUUGAAAACAGUAUGUCAGUUGGUCCUAGUGUCCUCUCCUGAGCUGUGUCACAACCUCUUUUUGUCAUCAUGAAGAGUGAUUUUUAAGUAAAUAUACCAUUGAUGUGUGUGUGUAAAACAUUUAUUAAUUUUUUUUCCAUCAACUGUUAGUGCCAGCAUCAUGAGACUGACUCUCUUGCUCAGUAAUUUGAUUUAAAAACAGCAAUUUCCAGUAUUUCUGAGAAAAGUGAUGACUGCUGUUUAUCUUCGAUCUCAUGACCUUUGACCUGGACUGACCUUUUUCCAUAACCCACCUUUGGCCUAA